AUGGAUUCUGAUCAAUCGCAUGAUCGGGGGCGUGCAUCCGAAGUCGAUCGAAUGAGAGGUUCAAAAAGGCGAAAAUUAACACAUCCACAGCAGAAAUCUCCAGAUCGACUGCAGCUCCUAAUAAAGGCCUCUGCGUCGAGGAGGAGGCGGAUUAGCAGGCGAUUGCAUCCUGAACCUCCCCGAGAAAUGCUGGCACAAAAUUCUCAUAGACCGCCAAGUUCCAAGAAUCAAUCGUUGCAAAUGUCUACAGCAGUCAAGCUCGCAAGUUCAAAGUCCAAUUCCCCAAUACCAACGCCAACCCCAGACUCCGGAACCAAGCUAUUUGCCACAAAAUCAAUCCUAGACCAAAUAUGGAUACGCAAUAAGAACCAACACCGCACGCAAUCUUGGUCGAAAUCACUGAUAUUGUUGAGGAAGGCAGUCACCAAGGUCGUUGAUUUGGAGGAGGAAGAACGCCUCCUCCGGGGCCAGAUUAAUGGUGGAGGUGCUAUUGGAGGUAUGGACGCAAAGGAAAUCAGGAAACGAUUCGAGCAAGAAACUCAGGUGAGGAGAGAAAAGGGAGUGUGGACCGACUGGAUUCGGGAGAUGCUUGUGCCGCGUGCAUACGUCGGCUUCACGGGCUUGGUGGGUGAUAGCCAAUUUGCAAAUUUGGGCGUUGUACUCGUCGGCAUCCUUGGCGAUGUCAUGAGUGCAGUAGGUCCACCGACAAUUUUGGAUGAGGAAGAGGAGUCGAGGUCGGGCGUGGUCACUCGAGAGGGUGAGAAAAUGAGUCGAACAAUGGCAGACGAGGAGUAUGGCAAGACUAAGGCCAGGAGCCCAACAACGUCGAGUUUGAGAGUCACGGGGCUGCAGAGCGGUGAAAUCGUGGGGAGAAUGUAUGACGGAGAUGAUUUCGGCGAAGUUGUUGAGAGGAGGAAGGACAAGAACUCAGAGCAGGGAAACGAUGCAAGUCGUGAAGAGGAUGCGGCUGCGCCCGCUGCGCCCGCAUCAGCAUCUGCCUCUGAGGUUGAAGAUACACAUAUCGAUAUCGAUGCUCAAGAUCGAAACGUCGACGGGGAUGGCCCCAUGCUCACGCACGACCCCAAACCCGUCCAGCAUCAGAGCCACCCUCCGGUCCACGGCGACAAUCGACAGCACCCGGAGACAACGUCCAAAGCCACUCGAGCUCAAUCAGGCUCCGUAAAUGCCAGAGCCCAGUUGACGCCACUGACAAAUGCGCGCGCAUUCUCAGGCUCAAACUCGACUGCACCAUCUCUCGCUCUCACGGCUCAAUCGAAUUCACUCACAACUCCAACUUCCAUGCCACAUCUACCUUCACAUCCAACCGCGCCCCGGCGGAGCAAUAAAGACACCGACAAGCCCCAAGGACGCCGAGGCAAGAACAGGGGGACCAAAGGGAAAGAGAAAGAGUCGGACACGAAACAUGAAAAGGAACGGAUCAAGAGUAUGAGCAAGAGCAAGAAGAAGAACGCGAUAGAUGAUGUUUUCGCCGGCUUUUUGUGA